AUGGAACAGACAUUCCGCGCAGAUCCGACCCCUGUAAAUGACAGGAACAAGAAUAUAACUAUACUCAGUAAUGGUGUAACACCAUUAGUACCAAUACCGCAUCAAGAAGGAGAUUCAACUACUAAUUCUUCAUCUUCAAAGAAACCCGCUAAGAGAACGCCUGCAUGUGCACAAUGUAGACGUAGAAAGAUAGGUUGUGAUAGAUUAAGACCAUUCUGUUCUAAUUGUGUAAAAUAUCAUAAAGAAAGGUGUAUUUAUCCAGAAGAAGAUUUAGAAGCAUUUAAUGCAUAUAUUAAUCAACCUGCUGUACAUAAAAAUCAUAAUGAUACUAAUCAUUCCGAUAAAUCAAAUGAUAAAUCAAAUAAUAACAAUAAUAAUUACAAUGGUAACAGGACUACUUUUGAAGUCAAUUCCAUAGUACCAGGAACUAAUACGAUCCCUUUAAAUAAUUCAGUACCACCAAAUUUUAAUGAUAUGUCAACUACAUUUAGUAUACAACGAAUGCCAAUGCAAGCUCCUGGAAUGGCUCCUUCAUCGUCAUCCUCUCAAUUUCCUGUAAAUACAACAAUGAUACAAUCGGACCCAAAUACUCAAACUGGUUCUCGUGCAACAACAAUGUCACCAAUGCAAACUAUACCUCUAAAUCCAACGAUGCAAAUGAUGAAUAAUAAUAAUUAUAAUAAUACUAGCAAUAAUUCGUCAGUAAUGAAAAUGGAACAACAACUAAAGUUUCAUAAUGUACAAAAUGCGCCUGUGUAUGAGCCACCUGUACUUGUUCAAUUACCAGUUGUAGAGUCAUCAAAAGUGGUAAAGCCUACAAAGACGAAGAAUACACACCAUGGUCAUCAUCAUAAUAUGAAUGUUAAUAUUAAUAACUUGAAAAGUGUUGCUCAACCAAAGAAUGUAGUUUCAAUGGAAGACAUCGGAGCAUAUAACACUAAGACUCAUAUGGUAAGACUAUUAAAAGCUUGGGAAAGAAAACAAAGAACUUUGCCAAUUUUGAAUAAUGAUAUAACAGAUUUUAGUGUAAUGCAAUCUACAUACAAACAAAAGGAUAUUUUAUUAAAAGAGAUGAAACAUUUGAAAUAUAGGUUUAUUGAAUUACAAAAGAGAAGAAAAAAAUUGUUCCCACAGAGUGUAACUAAGGAAGCAUCAUUGAUGAGGAUUCCUAUAAUCCCGAUACCUGAAGCAAUAGUGGACACAGAGAAUGAUCCAAAUCAAAAAUUAAUAAAUGGUAAAGAUGAUAAUAAGGCGAAUCAAUCAAUACCACAAAGUUAUUUGGGUUUAAUAGCACCAUCAGAGAAAUUAUCUGUAAUUAAUCUUCAUCUUAAUAAUGAAAAUAGAUUGCGUGGUGAUUUAUUACUAAAAGAUACCCCGAAUGCUGUAUUCACUCUAAAUUAUAUGGUAAAUCGUGAUCCAUUUUUAGUGAAAUAUUAUAAUAGAUUACAAACUUAUAUUAUAUUGAACUUUAAAGAGCAAUUAACACAAUAUAAACAAAAGCAAUUCAAUGAAGCCAAUAAACGAAUGGGAAACUCCACCGUCGAAAAUAAUCUGUUACUACGUUUAAUUAAUAAAUUAAUAAAAGAUAUGACUAGUAAUAAUCAACAAAUAAAACUUGAAUCAUCGGGUUUUAAUAAAUUUCUACUUUCUAUUAUGGAAGUAGAAAGUAUGGACAUUAAAACAUUUGAAGAACAAUUAUUGAGUCAAUUUAAUAAAGUUUAUGAGGAUUCACCAUCUAAUAAAUUUAAAAAUUAUUUUUCUGAAGUCUCCAAAUUUGGUAUCUUAUUAAUUGUAUUAUUAUUAUAUUUAAGAGAUAAUAAUAUCGGAAAUGAUCCAGAGAUUGAAGUAUUAAACAGGAAAUUAAAUCAUAUUAUUAAUGAAGUUGAAAGUGUUAAUGAUAAAAUGAUUUUAUUAAAUGAUUUAUCAAUUGUAACAUUUUUAUCAAUUAAAAAUUUAUAUCAUGAUAUGUUUGAAGAUAAUGAUAGAUUAAAUGAUGUUAAUAAUAAUAGAGAUAUUUAUUUAACUCAAAUUUUUCAAUCAAAUAUGAUGACACCAGAUAUGAAAUAUUCUAUCUAUUCUAAUUAUAUUCAUAGAAAUAUUUUUAUUGGUAAUUAUCCAUCUUUAGUUACGAUAGAAAUGUUAAAAUCAAUAUUACCAGAAUGUGAACAUGUUAUUGAUUAUAAGAUUAAUGAAAUAAAUUUUUGGGAAAUUGAAUAUAAAUUAUUAGAAAUUAUUCAAAAUCGUGGUUCAACAAACAUGGCAUCUAUUCAAGAAUUAAUGAAAUAUUACACUCAAUUUAAGCAUUGUGAAGGUAAAUUGAUGGAUUAUCGUGGCAUACCGACAAUUAAUAAUGGUAUUCAUACAAUAUUAGACUAUAGUAAUAAUAAUAAUAUUAUGAAGCAAUCUUAUUACAAAUCCAAUUUAUUAAUUAAUUAUUAUUUAUUGUUACAAUAUGAAUCAAUGAAAUUACAUGAUAAAUUUAAUAAAGUAUUACAAGAGUUAAUUAAUUUUAUUGAUCUUAUUAUAUCGGAACAAUAUAAUUUUAAGCCUUUGGAUAACUUUAGUGGUAGUAAAACAAUAUUGAAUAAAAGAAAUUUAGUAAUUUUAGAGAUUGUAUGUGAAAUUUUAUUUUCUAUAGGGUUACGUUUUGCUUCUAAAGUACAAAAUAAUAAUCCUGUGAAUAAUUUACAAGAUAAUGAAUUAAAUGAUGUAUCAGUUGCCAUGUCAGUUGUCAAGGAUAAAAUCAGAAAAAUAUUAAUUAAAAUAAUCAUUAGUAUACAAAGAAACACUAUGAAUUUAAGUGGGGGACAUCGUAAUAUCGCUAAGAGAUUAGAAUUAAAAUUAUUGAAUUUCAUGAAGGCAUAUAAAGAAGAUACUGACAAUAAUUUGAAAUUAAACAAUGGUAUAGUAUUAUUAACAUCAUCUGAAAUUAAUAUUUUUUCAGAAAAGGUUAGUAGUAUUAGUCAAACAAUUAUUCAAGAGGAUGAAGAUUAUACAUUCCAUUCUGAAUAUAAAAAAAUUAUUGAAAAUGUUCAAACUGAUAUUGAAACCAAUAAUAAUGAUUAUGGACUUACAAAGGACACUUUCAGUAGUAUAUUCGAGGCAAUGUUUCAAAAAUGA